AUGAGUUCAAGAGAAGCAGUGGAGACCAAAGCUGGACAGGAUGACAUAAACAUCAGUGCACCAAGUCUAGGAAAAUUGAUAGUCUUCUAUCUACUCAUAAGCUUUGUUGGCUUGUUUGCCAUUAUUCCGAUGAGGAAGAGCAUGAUCAUCCGCCAUCGGCUAACAUAUGCAACUGGCACAGCUACGGCACACCUCAUCAACAGCUUCCAUACCCCCCAAGGAGUUCAGCAAGCAAGGAGGCAAGUGUCUGUCAUGCUUCAAUCCUUCGCAGGAAGCCUGUGCUGGAACAUUUUUCAAUGGUUCUACACAGGUGGACCUAACUGUGGACUUGCUUCGAUCCCGACGUUUGGACUCAAAGCAUACCAAAGAGGCUUCUACUUUAAUUUCUCUGCAACUUACGUUGGUGUUGGAAUGAUCUGCCCAACAGUGGUAAGUAUUUCAAUGCUCGCUGGUAGCAUCCUCUCCUCGGGAAUCAUGUUGCCCUACAUUGAAUCCAAGAAAGGAGUAUGGUACAAUGCAGCAUACAAGGAAAGUAGUAUGAUGGGCAUUUACGGGUACAAGGUGUUGAUCUCCAUAGCAAUGAUGCUUGGGGAUGGGCUAUUCCAGCUUCUCCUGAUACCAUUCAAAGCAAUGAGGAAUUUACGUAGAAAACAACAGCAGCUAGCAGCAGCAACCAAUGCCUUCAGGAGCGUGGACGCCAUAAAAUAUCAGCACAUCAUCGUUGCCUACAUAUUUGCCCCUCUCCUGGCAUUCUGCAAUGCCUAUGGUACUGGUAUCACAGACCUGAACCUCUACAAUCAGUACGCAAAGAUUGUGAUCAUGAUAUUUGGGUUCUGGAUCACUGCUGCAAAGGGUGGGGUGGUUGGUGGUCUUGUGAUUUGUGUAAUCAUGACGCUGAUCAUCGGCAUGGCUGGGGACUUCAUGCAAGAUCUCAAGACCGGCUAUCUCACACUCACCUCACCAAGGUCCAUGCUCCUGGCUCAGGCUAUUGGAACAGCGAUAGGCUGCAUCGUCAACCCAACUAUUUUCUGGGUGUUCUAUCAUUGCUACCUACAUGACCCCAUAGGAAGCUACCCAGCGCCGUUUGCCAGGGUCUACCACAUCAUAGCCCUGGUCGGUGCUGGAGGCUUUGUCGAGCUACCAAAGUAUUCCAUUGCACUCAGCAUACCCAUCUUCUUUUUAGCAAUAGCCACGGGUGCUAUUAGGGAGGUCGCCAUGCAUAAGAAUUGGCGCAUCCAACACUACAUCCCAAGCAUCGCUGCAAUGUCAGUGGCAUUUCUCAUACAUCCUACCACAUCCAUAGACAUGUGCUUCGGCAGUUUAAUACUACUAGCGUGGAACAAGGUCGACCCUGAAGAUGCGAAUCUUCUUGCUUCGGUAGUGGCAUCCGGAUUGAUCUGUGGUGAAGGGAUGUUUGCGAUACCGGACUCAUUGAUGGGGAUUUACAAUGUCACUCCACCAAUGUGCAUAAGGUUCUUGGCUUCAGAUGUGAACGAGAAGGUAGACGCGUUCCUAGCAAAACAAGCUUCUUGA